AUGCAGCUCCUUGGGUUUCUGCAGGCUCCACUGGCUUCGAUCGCAUGUUUAUMUCUUCUAGUGGCCUCAUCCUCCGCAUCACCGCAUCCGAAAGCUGCAUGGGUUAGGGGAGCUCGUUCUCGGCUCGCGAAGAACUCACAUGUCGUUGCCAAACGAUAUGUCAAUGACACUACCUGUGCUCAGAAUGGCCCUGCAGCUGUCCAACCAGCGAAAGAGAACAUCUGGGCCGGUUUGACGGAUGACGAGGCAGCCGGCGUUACCCAAUGGCUGUUCCACCAGAGGGAUCUUAAUCUUACAGUCUCCGACAAAGCUGGAGAGUGGGACAACACCGUUCUCCUGGUGGAGCUCAUGCAUCCGAACAAGACCGACGCACUCUCUUAUAUAGACGGAGCGAGCGCGGCGCCUGCUCGCUAUGCUCACGUCGUACUUGAUGUCCGUGCCACUUUGGAGCCUACUUACACUGAUAUCCUUGUCGGUCCGCUGCCUGUUCAAAACGGCACAACGACCUGGCAGCCACUCGAAUACCCCUACACUAGCACGGGAGGUGGCAAAGUGCGCAACAUCGAUGCUGAUAAUGACAAGCGGUCUGCCUGGGUACAUAACAUCACAGGAUCUAUUGCCGAUAUCACCUUGGGACUGUGGGGUGGUAUUGCACAGGGUCUCGAAAAUGACACACUCGACGUUUGGGGAAUCGACCCACUCUGGCAAGAUGAUGGCAAACUGAUAUACUGGGCCACCUUCUGGAACAAGCCAGUCGACGAGUUCGAUGCCGGAACUCUACUUCCUCUCGGUCUGUUUCUCAAAGCAGACGUUACAGGUCGCGAUUCUUCCAUGUGGAAAUUUGAAGGCUGGCUUUACAACGACAUUUACUACCCUACCACUGAUGCUUUCCGCGAGGCGUUCUAUUCGCCCGACUUUGUCAAGCUUGGAGCCAAUGUUGAAGGUGCUUGGGCCACCACGGAUAAGCAAGGAGAAACUCUUCCAAUGGACGACUCCUCUCCUCCUGCAAUGAUUGCGCCAGGCGGUUCAAGAUACGCCGCGAAUCCUGAGUCCAAGUACGUUGAAUGGAUGGAUUUCAGCUUCUACAUCAGCUUCACACGUGACCGUGGUCUCGCGCUCUUCGACAUCCGCUACAAAGGGGAAAGGAUUCUUUACGAGCUCGGCCUGGAGGAGGCUUUGGCUCACUACGCAGGGAAUGAUCCCGUUCAGAGCGGCAUAGGCUAUUUGGACAGCUACUAUGGCUUCGGGCCUUAUGCUUUCCAACUGGUCCCAGGCUACGAUUGCCCAGCCUACGCUUCCUACGUCAACACAUCUUUCUACAUUGACGAAACAACCCGCACGCAUAUCAACUCUGUUUGCUUGUUCGAAUAUGAUGCGGACUUUCCUAUCCAGCGACACUCAACAGGUAGCUACGUCUCCGUCUCGAAGAACGUCUACUUUACGGUUCGUUCCGUAUCGACGAUUGGCAACUAUGACUACAUGAUAUCCUACCAGUUCUUCCUCGACGGCAGUAUCAAGACCGAAGUUCGUGCUUCCGGCUACAUUCAGUCCGCCUAUUACGCCAACAACGGCGACUACGGCUACCAAAUCCACGACUCUCUCUCGGGAAGUAUGCACGACCACGUUCUCCUGUUUAAAGCCGACUUCGACAUUCUUGGGACUGCCAAUACCAUGGAGCUCACAACGCUCAUCCCAACUACCGAGUCUUACGUCUGGAGUGACAAGCCUCGCAACACGAUGAAGCUCUCCCGAGGCUUCGUCGAGACUGAGGACGAAGGCGGAAUGACCUGGGCUCCCAAUGCCGCCACACAAUAUCACAUAGUCAACCAGGACCAGAAGAACAAAUACGGCGAGCUUCGCGGGUAUAGAAUCAUGCCAGAUGCAUCAACCAUCCACUUGACUGUAGAGGACUCCAGCAACUUGGCAAACACGAUCAACUGGGCUAAAUACGACCUUGCAGUCACCAAGCAAAAAGACACGGAACCUCGCGCGGCUCACCCAUACAACAACCAGGACAUCUACAACCCGCCUGUAGACUUUGACAAGUUCCUCGACGGAGAGAGUCUAGUGCAAGAGGAUCUGGUGGUGUGGUUCAACCUGGGCAUGCACCAUGUCCCGCACACGGGAGAUUUGCCAAAUACCGUCUUCACGGCUGCGCACUCGAGCGUGAUGUUCGUGCCUGCGAAUUACCAUGAGGGAGACGUCAGUCGCCGGACUGWCAACAUGGUCAGAAUUGAUUACGAAGGAGGCAAUGCGACGGCAGUGGAGAAGUUCGGGCAAUCGGAGGCAACGUGCACAGUGGGUUCUGAGGAUCUCACUCCCGAUUUGUGGGAUUACAAGGGUGAUGUUGUGAUUCGGAAGUUUCCUUAUGACCCCAACGAUCCUUAUUUCGAGACGGAGGGGAUUUGA